UGCAACGCCCCCAAACUCUUCAACUACAGAAUGCUGCCACUGUGCCAUGCCUAACGCAGAAGAUGAAGAAGGACUGUCAUCUACAGAGGAUAGUUGGAGUCUCAUAUUCCUGAAUAAGCGCUUCGUUGAAAAUCCUGUUGCUUUAUUUUUGCAGGUGCCUGGCUCAGAUACAUUUUAAUAUAGACUUGCAUUUUUUUGUAACAUGAUAUUUAUUCAGAUACAUGAAAAAAAAAUGACUAAAAACUCCAAUCUAUCACUGGAAAGAGACUAGAGACAGCUAGAUUGGUAAAUAUAUUUACAGAUAUAUUAACAUUCUUUUAAGAUUUCUUUUCUAGUUGCGUAAUGACUGUAUGCGUAGGCUUAUAAUCACAAGCAAACAAUUGCAUGAAAUUUUUAUGUUCUUCAACAAUGUCCUUAACGUAUCAUAUCUCACAGGACAUAGUGAGUUUGAAUAGUUUUCUUCUUAUGUUGGAUAUAGCUGGAUUCUUACAACAGCUUUGAGAAGGCUAUGAGAGAACGCAACUUGUUUAGUGGGGACAUACUGCAUGAAACCUUCCUCCCAGUAAUGCUUCAGCGAGCAAAGUACAGUCGAUUUAGGAAUGACUCCUUAACCUCAACAGAAGAUGGGCCGCAGAGCAUAUCAUCAAAUGCCAAAGGUUGUGUCAGCGCUUGCAAUUCCGCAACGUCUCCUUUACCCAUUGAAAAUAUCACCUUGGUGACUCAGGACAGUUCGACGACACUAUGCACUUUGAUACCAAAAAUGUCUCACUUUAAGUUGUCUAGUCCCAGCAGUCUUCUGGGUUUCAAGCAUUUCUCCCUUGGGACUAAAGAAGUACCAAGAACAAAGCUGACAGAAAGUCACGCUGCACCGAGCAGCACAACAUCUGCAAAAAGCAGCCACUUACAAGUUUCUAAUUCAAGACAGGAUGCGGAUGUAAACGCAAAGAUCCAGAAUGAUUGUCUUCUACUGGAGACCGAGACGUUGCAUGUUAGGAAGCAGAGUCACACUCAGCAAGACAGUCACAACAAUAUGGGGAAAGGCAUCUCCUACUACGUCAUAUACAUGGGCUGUAUAGAAGUGCUGCAGUCAAUGAGAUCUCUCGACUUUGGUACAAGAACACAAGUUACAAGAGAAGCAAUAAGUCGGCUGUGUGAAGCUGUUCCGAAUGCAAAAGGAGCCACUAAAACGCGAAAGCCACCACUGAAAUUCCUGUACUCUGUACUGGGGAAAAGCAACUUGCAGUUUUCAGGCAUAAAUGUUAUAUUAACAAUCUCAACAAACUGCCUAACUCUGACAAAUGCCGAUACCAAGCAGGUAAUUGCAAAUCAUCACAUGCAGUCAAUUUCAUUUGCUUCUGGUGGGGACCCAGAUACAACAGACUAUGUUGCAUAUGUUGCCAAGGAUCCAGUUAACCAAAGAGCAUGCCACAUAUUGGAAUGUUCAAACACCAAAGCUCAGGAAGUAAUCAGCUCAAUUGGACAAGCUUUUGAACUGCGUUUCAAACAGUACCUAAGAAACCCUUCUUUCACUGAGUCCAAUGACACUGAAAUAUUAAAUCUCAGUAAUACAUCCGACAAAUUGGAACAUAAGGAUGCCCCUGAUUACUACAAUGAGUUACCAAGAAAGAUGCCCCCUGCUGACAACGUUCUUGACAGAAGAACAAGGGAGACCCUGCAGUCUCUGCUUGUUGGGGAUGAACAAUGCUCUCUGAUGGGUUACUAUAAAAACACAAACAUAUAUGAAAACUGUAUAGAGAAUCCCAACACUUUAGGCUCUUCUCCUCGGCGUGGAUUGAAUACAUUUGGUGAAAAGCAUGAGCUUUUUGAUGACCCAUGUUAUAUCAACACUGUGUCGAAAAAAGAAAUCCCUGAUCAGACAUCUGGAAACCACAGCUUAAAAUCAUUGGUUCAAGAUCCUGGCAGAAAAUUCCAAGGAAGCAAAACAGCUCAUUGCAGCUCCAUGCAAAAAGAAAGAUGGUAUCAUGGCAAAAUGAGUCGGAAAGUUGCAGAGAGCCUGCUGAUUACUGAUGGUGACUUCCUAGUUCGGGAAAGUACAUCAUCCGCUUCUCAGUAUGUAUUGAGUGGACUCCAUGGAGGGCAACCCAAGCACCUGCUACUGGUGGACCCAGAGGGCAAGGUGAGGACUAAAGACCACAUGUUCGAAAGUGUGAGCCAUCUCAUUAAGUACCAUGUGGAAAAUAAAGUACCAAUCAUUUCAUCUGGAAGUGAACUGUGUCUCAGGCAUCCAGUGGAAAUACAGGAAAUAUGAAAAUUAAAGGAUUCAAAUCUAAACUAAACAGCAUACCAUUAAAUGGAUCUGGCUGC